AUGACAAUCGAUAACAAGAAAUAUCAGGGGCAUGACACUGUUCGUGCUUCGGACUUGGAGUCAUCGUCUCCAAAUUUUAAUGAUCCCGUGGCUGAACCUCCGGUUGUGACUCUGAAAACGUGGAUUAUUUCGUGUAUUCUCUCUUGCGGUUAUGGCCUUUCUUUCUUCCCAGUGCCUGUCGUGGCUGCGAUCGGUACCUUAAUUUCGGCAGACAUGGGGGACCCCACCGGAUAUAUUUGGUUUGUCCCUGCAUGGACCAUCUCAAUUACCUGUGCCUUCUUGAUCUUUGGUCCGAACACAGAUCUUCUGGGCAGACGUUGGUUUCUGGUAUUGGGUAAUUUGGUUUGCUUCGUUGGGCAUGUUAUUGUCGCUUCUGCCAAAACUACAAACCAAGUCAUCGCCGGAUUGGCUGUCUCUGGAUUCGGCGGAGCCAACUGCCAGAUGGCUGCAUUUGUGCUACCUGAGCUCCUACCAAAUAAAUGGCGUCACAUCGGUGUGGUUAUUGCCGAUCUCACUGUUUACGUUGCCGUGAUUGUUGCUCCAGUCACCGCAAGAUAUGGCUAUGAGCUGGGCACUUGGACAUGGAACUUCUGGGGAAUCGCUAUCUUCCAAGGUCUCGGGGUCUCAUAUCUAGACGCAUUCAAGUCUUUAGACUAUGUUGGCGCGUUGCUCUUCAUCGGUGGUGCUGUCCCCUUCCUGAUGGGUAUUGUGUGGGCUGGCGUCUACGACUCCAAUGAUGCACAUGUUGUCGCCCCCUUGGUCGUCGGUGCUGCCGUUCUCGUCGCAUUCGCUCUUUGGGAAACCUUUGGUCACCUCAAAUAUCCGCUUACUCCGACUUACAUCUUCUCCAGCUCCUGGGGCCGUGACUUUACUGCACCUGUAAUCGCACUUGCUGUUGUCAACAUGUUCUACUAUUCCUCCAGUAUCCUGUGGCCCCAGAUGAUUACCGUGUUCUACACAAAUGGUGGCGCAGACUGGAAAUACUCGAUCAUUCUGUCCCUGCCGCAGGGGUUUGCUAUUCUUUUCGGUGCCCUUCUGUUAUCUGUCCUUGGUAGCAAGCUUCGAAACUGGCAGUGGCAAUUGACUGGAUCAGUCUUCGUCAUGGUGCUCUUUGGUAGUUUGCUAGGUAUCGUAACACCUGAGAAUAAGGGUACCAUGAUUGCGUUUGUUUUCCUCUCGCAGGCUGGUUUUGGCUGGGCUAUUUAUCUAAGCAUUGCCAUUACGCAGAUGGGUGUUGAACAAAAGAAUCUUGGUGUCAGUGGGGGUAUAUCGGGGUGUAUUCGGUUUGCAGCCGGGGCAGUUGCAACUUCCAUCUACCAGACUGUAUUCACCAAGAGUCUUACGAAGUAUAUGAUGGAGUAUAUUCCGAGUGCAGUUAUUGCCGCUGGUCUGGACGAAUCGAAGGUCGCCGACCUCAUGACUGUUGUGUCAGGAGGUGCUGCUGCUUUGAAGGAGUACAGCCCAGCUGUUGCAGCUGCAGCUGAAGCCGCUCUUGGCCAUGCAUACUGCAAAGCUAUCUUCGUGGUUGCUAUGGUAUCCAUGGCGUUUGGUAUCCUGGGUUUGGCAGCUUGCCUGUGUUGCAAGGACGUGGAUUCGAAGAUGACAAACAAGAUCGAGGUCUAUCUCGAAAAUACUGAUCUCUCCGACCGAAACAAGUACCACUAG